AGAGGUGGGAACUGGAGGUUCCGAAAGACCCUCCUCCCCAGAACCCCCUUUUGGAUCCAUUUCUAGGUAUUGUCCCCUGCCACCCUGCAUGCCGUGUGCCCUCCUGAACUGCCUGGGCAAUAGAAUCGAAACCCAGACAGGAAACCCAGAAACCCAAGGAGGAGGAACUGGAGCCUGCUGACUCACUCACUUCCCCUCCGUGUGCGGAGCGCCUGAACAGCCCCUGUGGACCCAACUGUGCCCCCCACAUGGUGCUGGGCGCGGGGCCCACAACACAGGCUUCCUCAGAGCAACAAACUGGUGCUGGGGGCCCCGCCCCGCAUCCCUGCUGGUCACCUUCUUGAUGCCUGGUUGCUCCUUCUAUGCCCUGGACAUGCAUCUUCUGCCAAGGGGCUGAGGCUCCCCGCCCCGUGAUGCACGUCCCUGCAGGACCUGAGAGCCUGGGCCUCAGGCCCCAGCCCACCAUGCCACUGCCACGUCUGAGCCCGCCAGUGCCGCCGCUCCUGCUGCUCCUGCUGCUCCUGCUGCUCCUGCUGCUGGGGGGCGCUCCUGGGGCGGGCGGGGGUCCGCAGCCCGCCUUCCGCACCUUCACAGCCAACGACUGGGCCCUCACUCAUCUGGUGGUCCACGAGCAGACGGGCGAGGUAUAUGUGGGCGCCGUGAACCGCAUCUAUAAGCUGUCGGGGAACCUGACGCUGCUGCGGGCGCACGUGACAGGCCCCGUGGAGGACAACGAGAAGUGCUACCCACCACCCAGCGUGCAGUCCUGCCCGCACGGCCUGGGCAGCACCGACAACGUCAACAAGCUGCUGCUGCUGGACCAGGCUGCCAACCGCCUGCUGGCCUGUGGCAGCGCCUCACAGGGCAUCUGCCAGUUCCUGCGGCUGGAUGACCUCUUCAAGCUGGGCGAGCCCCACCACCGCAAGGAGCACUACCUGUCGGGCGUGCGCGAGGCGGGCAGCAUGGCGGGGGUGCUGAUCGCCGGGCCCCCUGGCCAAGCACAGGCCAAGCUCUUCGUGGGCACGCCCAUCGACGGCAAGUCGGAGUACUUCCCCACGCUGUCCAGCCGUCGGCUCAUGGCCAAUGAAGAGGACGCCGACAUGUUCGGCUUCGUGUACCAGGACGAGUUCGUGUCCUCGCAGCUCAAGAUCCCCUCGGACACGCUGUCCAAGUUCCCAGCCUUCGACAUCUACUAUGUGUACAGCUUCCGCAGCGAGCACUUCGUCUACUACCUCACCUUGCAGCUGGACACGCAGCUGACCUCGCCCGACGCCGCCGGUGAGCACUUCUUCACGUCCAAGAUCGUGCGGCUGUGCGUGGACGACCCCAAGUUCUACUCCUACGUCGAGUUCCCCAUCGGCUGCGAGCAGGCAGGGGUGGAGUACCGCCUGGUGCAGGACGCCUACCUGAGCCGGCCCGGCCGCGCCCUGGCCCACCAGCUGGGCCUGGCCGAGGACGAGGACGUGCUGUUCACCGUGUUCGCCCAGGGCCAGAAGAACCGCGUGAAGCCGCCCCGGGAGUCUGUGCUGUGCCUGUUCACGCUCAGGGCCGUCAAGGAGAAGAUCAAGGAGCGCAUCCAGUCCUGCUACCGCGGGGAGGGCAAGCUCUCGCUGCCCUGGCUGCUCAACAAGGAGCUGGGCUGCAUCAACUCGCCCCUGCAGAUCGACGAUGACUUCUGCGGGCAGGACUUCAACCAGCCGCUGGGCGGCACGGUCACCAUCGAGGGGACGCCGCUGUUCGUGGACAAGGAUGACGGCCUGACCGCUGUGGCCGCCUACGACUACCGGGGCCGCACCGUGGUGUUCGUAGGCACACGCAGUGGCCACAUCCGCAAGAUCCUGGUGGACCUGGCGAACCCCGGCGGCCGGCCGGCCCUGGCCUACGAGAGUGUGGUGGCCCAAGAGGGCAGCCCCAUCCUGCGUGACCUGGUCCUCAGCCCUGACCACCAGUACCUGUAUGCCAUGACUGAAAAGCAGGUAACGCGGGUGCCCGUGGAGAGCUGCGUGCAGUACCCGUCAUGUGAGCUGUGCCUGGGGUCACGGGACCCCCACUGCGGCUGGUGUGUCCUGCACAGCAUCUGCUCACGUCAGGACGCCUGCGAGCGGGCGGAUGAGCCCCAGCGCUUCGCCUCGGACCUGCUGCAGUGCGUGCAGCUGACCGUGCAGCCACGCAACGUGUCGGUCACCAUGUCUCGGGUUCCGCUGGUGCUGCAGGCCUGGAACGUGCCCGACCUCUCGGCCGGAGUCAACUGCUCCUUCGAGGACUUCACCGAGUCCGAGAGCGUCCUGGAGGACGGCCGGAUCCACUGCCACUCACCCUCCGCGCAGGAGGUGGCGCCGAUCACGCGGGGCCAGGGAGACCAGCGGGUAGUCAAGCUCUACCUGAAGUCCAAGGAGACUGGCAAGAAGUUUGCAUCCGUGGACUUCGUCUUCUACAACUGCAGUGUCCACCAGUCCUGCCUGUCCUGCGUCAAUGGCUCCUUCCCCUGCCACUGGUGCAAGUACCGCCACGUGUGCACGCACAAUGCUGCCGACUGUGCCUUCUUGGAGGGCCGGGUCAACGUGUCGGAGGACUGCCCCCAGAUCCUGCCCUCCACCCAGAUCUACGUGCCAGUGGGCGUGGUGAAGCCCAUCACCCUGGCCGCCCGGAACCUGCCGCAGCCACAAUCGGGCCAGCGUGGGUACGAGUGCCUCUUCCACAUCCCAGGGAGCCCGGCCCGCGUCACUGCCCUGCGCUUCAACAGCUCCAGCCUGCAGUGCCAGAACUCCUCGUACUCCUAUGAGGGCAAUGACGUCAGCGACCUGCCCGUGAACCUGUCCGUGGUGUGGAACGGCCACUUCGUCAUCGACAACCCGCAGAACAUCCAGGCCCACCUGUACAAGUGCCCAGCCCUGCGCGAGAGCUGCGGCCUGUGCCUCAAGGCCGACCCCCGCUUCGAGUGCGGCUGGUGCGUGGCCGAGCGCCGCUGCUCCCUGCGCCCCCACUGCCCCGCGGACUCGCCCACUGCCUGGAUGCACGCCCGCCACGGCAGCAGCCGCUGCGCGGACCCCAAGAUCCUGAAGCUGUCCCCCGAGACGGGCCCGCGGCAGGGGGGCACGCGCCUCACCAUCACGGGCGAGAACCUGGGGCUGCGCUUCGAGGACGUGCGGCUGGGGGUGCGCGUGGGCAAGGUGCUGUGCAGCCCGGUGGAGAGCGAGUACAUCAGUGCGGAGCAGAUCGUCUGCGAGAUCGGGGACGCCAGCACCGUUCGGGCCCACGAUGCCCUGGUGGAGGUGUGCGUCCGGGACUGUUCCCCCCACUACCGGGCCCUGUCGCCCAAGCGCUUCACCUUUGUGACUCCAACCUUCUACCGUGUGAGCCCUGCCCGCGGGCCCCUUUCAGGGGGCACCUGGAUUGGCAUCGAAGGCAGCCAUCUGAACGCAGGCAGCGACGUGGCGGUGUCUGUUGGCGGCCGGCCCUGCUCCUUCUCCUGGAGGAACUCCCGGGAGAUCCGGUGCCUGACGCCACCCGGACAGAGCCCCGGCAGUGCCUCUAUCAUCAUCAACAUCAACCGUGCUCAGCUCACCAACCCCGAGGUCAAGUACAACUACACCGAGGACCCCACCAUCCUGAGGAUUGACCCUGAGUGGAGCAUCAACAGUGGAGGGACGCUCCUAACAGUCACAGGCACCAACCUGGCCACUGUCCGCGAACCUCGCAUCCGGGCCAAGUACGGAGGCGUCGAGAGAGAGAACAGCUGCCUGGUGUACAACGACACCACCAUGGUGUGCCGGGCCCCGUCAGUGGACAACCCCACCCGCAGCCCGCCCGAGCUGGGGGAGCGGCCAGACGAGCUGGGCUUUGUCAUGGACGACGUGCGGGCCCUGCUUGUGCUCAACGCCUCCUCCUUCCUCUACUACCCGGACCCCGUACUGGAGCCACUCAGCCCCACUGGCCUCCUGGAGCUGAAGCCCAGUUCCCCCCUCAUCCUCAAGGGCCGCAACCUCCUGCCGCCAGCGCCUGGCAACUCUCGGCUCAACUACACGGUGCUCAUUGGCUCCACGCCCUGCGCCCUCACCGUGUCGGAGACGCAGCUGCUCUGCGAGUCGCCCAACCUCACCGGGCAGCACAAGGUCACGGUUCGGGCUGGCGGCUUUGAGUUCUCACCGGGGGUGCUGCAGGUGUACUCGGACAGCCUGCUGACGCUGCCUGCCAUCGUGGGCAUCGGUGGGGGCGGAGGCCUCCUGCUGCUGGUCAUCGUGGCUGUGCUCAUCGCCUACAAGCGCAAGUCCCGGGAUGCCGACCGCACCCUCAAGCGCCUGCAGCUCCAGAUGGACAACCUAGAGUCCCGCGUGGCCCUCGAGUGCAAGGAAGCCUUUGCAGAGCUGCAGACGGACAUCCACGAGCUGACCAAUGACCUGGAUGGUGCUGGCAUUCCAUUCCUGGACUACCGGACGUAUGCCAUGCGGGUGCUCUUCCCUGGGAUCGAGGACCACCCGGUGCUCAAGGAGAUGGAGGUGCAGGCCAAUGUGGAGAAGUCGCUGACACUGUUCGGGCAGCUGCUGACCAAGAAGCACUUCCUGCUGACUUUCAUCCGCACACUGGAGGCCCAGCGCAGCUUCUCCAUGCGCGACCGCGGGAACGUGGCCUCCCUCAUCAUGACGGCCCUGCAGGGCGAGAUGGAGUACGCCACAGGCGUGCUCAAGCAGCUGCUGUCUGACCUCAUCGACAAGAACCUGGAGAGCAAGAACCACCCGAAGCUGCUGCUGCGGCGGACUGAGUCAGUGGCAGAGAAGAUGCUGACCAACUGGUUCACCUUCCUUCUGUACAAAUUCCUCAAGGAGUGCGCUGGGGAGCCGCUCUUCCUGCUGUACUGCGCCAUCAAACAGCAGAUGGAGAAGGGCCCCAUCGACGCCAUCACGGGCGAGGCGCGCUACUCCCUGAGCGAGGACAAGCUCAUCCGGCAGCAGAUCGACUACAAGACGCUGACCCUGAACUGCGUGAACCCUGAGAACGAGAACGCGCCCGAGGUGGCAGUGAAGGGGCUGAACUGCGACACGGUGACGCAGGUCAAGGAGAAGCUGCUGGAUGCCGUGUAUAAGGGCGUGCCCUACUCCCAGCGGCCCAAGGCCGGGGACAUGGACCUGGAGUGGCGCCAGGGCCGCAUGGCCCGCAUCAUUCUGCAGGACGAGGAUGUCACCACCAAGAUCGACAACGACUGGAAAAGGCUGAACACGCUGGCCCACUACCAGGUGACAGAUGGGUCUUCUGUGGCCCUGGUGCCCAAGCAGACAUCCGCCUACAACAUCUCCAAUUCGUCCACCUUCACCAAGUCCCUCAGCAGAUACGAGAGCAUGCUCCGCACGGCCAGCAGCCCCGACAGCCUGCGCUCCCGCACGCCCAUGAUCACGCCCGACCUGGAGAGCGGCACCAAGCUGUGGCACCUGGUGAAGAACCACGACCACCUGGACCAGCGGGAGGGUGACCGUGGCAGCAAGAUGGUCUCAGAGAUCUACCUGACACGGCUGCUGGCCACCAAGGGCACACUGCAGAAGUUCGUGGACGACCUCUUUGAGACAAUCUUCAGCACAGCGCACCGGGGCUCGGCCCUGCCACUGGCCAUCAAGUACAUGUUCGACUUCCUGGACGAGCAGGCCGACCAGCACCAGAUUCACGACUCAGACGUGCGCCACACCUGGAAGAGCAACUGCCUGCCCCUGCGCUUCUGGGUGAACGUGAUCAAGAACCCGCAGUUCGUGUUCGACAUCCACAAGAGCAGCAUCACGGACGCCUGCCUGUCGGUGGUGGCCCAGACCUUCAUGGACUCGUGCUCCACGUCCGAGCACAAGCUGGGCAAGGACUCGCCCUCCAACAAGCUGCUCUACGCCAAGGACAUCCCCAACUACAAGAGCUGGGUGGAGAGGUACUACGCUGACAUUGCCAAGAUGCCCGCCAUCAGCGACCAGGACAUGAGUGCAUACCUGGCUGAGCAGUCGCGGCUGCACCUGAGCCAGUUCAACAGCAUGAGUGCCCUGCAUGAGAUCUACUCCUACAUCAUCAAGUACAAGGACGAGAUCCUGACAGCCCUGGAGAAGGACGAGCAGGCUCGGCGGCAGCGGCUCCGGAGCAAGUUGGAGCAGGUGGUGGACACCAUGGCCCUGAGCAGCUGAGCCGCCAGCCGCAACAGCCCAGCAAGCAGGAGUUGAGUGAGAGGGCCCUCGGGACAGCCUCCGUCUGGUGGCCAGAGCUGGGAGGUCCGCGGAGGCAGCCCCACCCUGGCCAGGCCGAGUGUCCUGCACUGGGGGCCAGGUGUGCUGUCCUGGUCCCCCAGCCUCCUCGUCCCCUUCCGGCCUGGCAGGGGUCCCAGUUCUUAGUUGGUGUGGGUGAGAUGGUGCCUACAGUACCUUCCCUGCCCAGAGCCACUUGCCACAGGGCUGGGGAGCCCAGGUGUGAGCAGGGUUCUGCUCGGGAUGCUAGGGUGACUGCGGAGGACUUGUGGGUUGGGCUGGAGCCCUCCAGCAGGGAGAGGCCAGUCCGUCUCCCUGAGGCCAGACUGCCGAGGCCAGGAGGGCCAAGGGCUGGGCAGGGGUCAGCUGGGCCAGGUUUCCUGGGCAGAGUCUGAGGGCUGGGGCCUGGCUGGCAGCCGGGGGAGCUGAAUACCCAGGGCCCAGCCAAGGUGAGCUGACGUGGGUCUGGGCCAUUGCCACCCCCUGUCAUGUCCGGCACCCCUACACUCGCCGCCACACCACCGCCACCAUCCUCCGAUUCACCGCGUGCUCUCCGCGGCCAAGGCUGGAGCUCCACGUUGACCUCGCCCCGAGAGAGGCCCCGGCCCCCUCCUAUGGAGGGGCUGCAGGCUGGCUCUGCGCAGGGCCCAAGUGACUUCCAGAAGGACUCGGGUCCCCUUUCUGUCCUCAGGGCUGUGCCUCUGGGAGCCAAUGGGCCUGGGGCUCCGGGUCAGGAGUGCACGUUCCCCCUUAUUUAUUCCCCUGCCCACCCUGGGCUGAGCUCCACUGGUGGAGGUCUCAGGAGCAGCCCCCCCCGCCCCGUCCCAGCUCCUUCAUCCACCUUCCAGUCUGCCUCUCAGCAGCGUGCUGGCCCCUCAGGGCGCUGGGACAUAGAGGGGACAACACUCAUGUUUUCGGGGAACAAAGGAGUCCUGCUCUGCUCGGGCAGCGGUCCAGCGGGGGCCUCGGACCACACCCACUGGCCUGGCCGGGAGCAGGAUGCAGUGACCAGGGGGCCUGGGGGUCGGCCCUGCCCACCCUGCCCUCAGCGAGCGAAAGAGAACACAUUUUUAAUUAAAAACCCUGUACAUAUAUAUACAUAUAUAUAUAUGUGGCUCUAGCCUCAGUCUCCAGCCCCAGUGGGGUCCUGCACAGUUACCUGGAGGAGGAGAAAUUUUUCAGCUAGAACAAGGAAAUGAAGGCAGAGGGAACGAUGCCAAACGGUUGCUGAGAGCGUGGCCAGAGCUUCCCUGCGUGGGGCUCCCGGGGCCUCCGCGCCUCGCCCCGCGGGUCAUCCUGUUUCCACGGACGCGGGCCGUGGACUCCUGCAUGACUGUGCUAGCGUUUAGUCUGACUUGGUCUUUUUAAAACUGCAAGUGUUGAAUACUAGAGAUUGUUAGGCCCUUUUUUCCAUGUUUUUUAAUUAAUCAGUCACUUGUGAAGGCAGUGGCCCGUCCCCUUUUCAAUUCACUUUUUCGACGGUACUGAAGAUUCCCACGGACUUUAAGGGACAGCUAACUGUGGCCGGCCCUGCGCCCACAGGCCGCCCGUCCUCCAUCCCCCCCAAGCAGCGUGAGCCGGACCAAGCACCUUGAUCAGCUUAGGAGCUGCUCCCUCGCGAGAAGGGUGGGGGUGGGGGAGAAAUCCGCCACCUUCUGACUCAGGAAGCUCCUGGAACGGGGCGGGGGGGGCAGGGGGGACAGGUUUCCCUGGGCCCCGUGGGCACUGAGCAGGGCUUGGGCCUCCCACCGAGGUGGGUGUCCAGCUGGAGCUCAGGCCAGCAUGGGCUUCCACCCUGGGUGCCCCUUCCUGCCCAGAUGCCGCCGAGGUACGAGCCUCACCCCCCGAGUUUUCCCCAACGCUGUUUCUGAUCAAAGCCCCUGUUCUUCCGGUCCUGCUCGGGCUGGGGGCUCCUCAGCCCCUGUGCCACCCUCUUCAGAGUCCAAUCCCCUUCCCAGGGCCCCACGGGGAGCUGGCCCCUGUGCCCACCAUGAGGGGGCCCUUGUCGCCCGGUAGCUGGCGGGCUGGGUGGGAGUGACACGGAGGGAGGGGAGUGGCCAGCCCUGCCUGGCGUGUGGCCUCGUGGGGCUCGCACACAUGUCAGGUGCAAGCACUUUAGCACUGUCUGUUUACACACGAGCUGAUCGCGGACCUAGGCCUGCUGUCCACCCAGCGCACCACGGCUGUGUCUCCCUCCCUGGGUCUGGAGUUUGACUCUGAGGCCUCCUCAUCCCUGGUUCCACGGUCCUCACCGUGCCCAGGCACCCACCGUCACCUCCAGCAUCCUCCUUGCCAGGCACUCGGACCCCAAGCUCUGGCUCUAGCCUGGGGCACAGGGAUUGGAGCCUGCUCUGUGCACGCAGGAGGUGCAACUGCCUGAGGUCCUCCUAACUCCCAGGGCUGGGGGUCUGGGCUGUGGGCAGGGCGCUGAGUCAGGACACCCGCCGCCUGGACACUGCUGCUACUGCCUGUCCUGCCACGGUCAGCCCUCCCCUCACCUGCACGCGUCUCAGGGAGUGCCCGGGACGGCUCAGCCUGGGUCUGGGAGCCUGGCCUCCCCAUAUACCUCGAGCUUGCCCGCGCUCCCUGACCCAGGGCCACCGGCUCCCUACUCCCCAGCCCUGGGCCCAGGAAGAGGGGCCUGUGGCUGGCCAAGUGGCGCCCACCCUCCCCGGUCAGCCCUGCCGAGUGAGCCCCUGCCCGUCCUGGAGCUGAGGGCUCACGCCGUUGGUGCUACACAUGCUAGAAUAGAUAUAUUUAGAGAGAGAGAUAUUUUUAAGAUGAAGCCCACAAUUAGCUGUCCUUUAACGCCACAGAGCCCCCACCCAAAAGAAGAGCGAUCACUGGCGACCUGAGCCGCCCUCUCGGCCCCCGCCUCGCCCAGGGGCAGUAGGGCUGACAGGCGCUCGGCCCGCAGGUUGUGUAAAUACACGGCUGUUUCCUAUUUUACUGUCUCAGAUUUAGUACUUGUAAAUACAUACACACUAAGGAGAGAGUAAACAUUUUUGCUAAA